UGUUCUGUACGUGCAAAGAUGGCAGCUCAGGUCGACUUGGUCCGUGCCAAAGUAGAAGAAGAAAAGGUGAGGGACAGCCUGGAGAGAUUCAUCAGGGAGAAGAAGAAGGAGAAGAAGAAGAAGAGGAGGGAGCUGUCAGCUGACAAACGGGAGAGGUGUGUGAAGGAAGCGAAGAAAGUGAAGCUCCAUCAGCAGCAACACGCUGAGUCCCGGAGCCACCAGCCGCAUCAGCUGCAGAUAAACCCCCAACCCCACAGGUUGAGCGCAGAGAAACAUGUCCUGCAGCACCACCAGCACCACCAGCACCAUCAGCACCGCAGCCUGCCCAGCGGUGCAAAGACCCUGCAGCCGGCUCUGCCUCCUCCUCUUCCUCCUCCUCCUCCUCCUCCUCCUCCUCCUCGGAAGGUACCAGAGCUGCAGAAGAAGCGAGCAGAGCCCCCCGAGCCCCCUGCGAUCUUCACUUUCACGCCUCUCAAAAUGGUCAAGGCCAAACCCCAGGAUUUCAAAGACAAGCAUCGGGAGAAAGAGCUGAAGCUGAAGAAGGAAAACACCGAGGCUAAUGUGAAGCACGCGGAGGUGAAGAAAAAGAAGGAGUCGAGGCCCCACAAUGAGAAUGUCAAGUCUCUGACACUGGAGGAAUAUCUCCUGAAGAAGAAAAAGAAGAAGAAGAAGCACCGCGAGGACGAGCACAGUGGCAGGAAGGUCCGACACAUGCACAACAAAGCGGUUCAGACUGUCUGUGUGGGGCCCGGAGCAGAUCCCGCUCUGCCCCUCCGCCCUGACCCAUCUCUGGACAACCACCAACCCUACCUCCACGCUCUGAAGCUCGGACGCGUCCCCUUCCUCUCCCACCAAGACCACUACAUCCGCAGCUCCUGCCUGCAGACGGGCUCCUGGUGCGGACGCUUCAUGCAUGAGGAAAGGCAGGCCAACGGCGGGGGGUUGGUUCUGCACGCCUAUGCUGAUGAGAUCGCCUGCCUCGGCCCGGCUGAGGUGGAGUGCUUCGCCCAGGAGUUCCUGCAGCUGGCGUUCGCUGAGAAGCCUCGAGGUGCGGCCUCGUACGCCUUGGCGGUGGUGCACAGUGCUGCCGCCUUCCUGCCUGACUUCCUGGACUACUUUGCCUUCAACUUCCCCAACACACCAGUCAAAAUGGAGAUACUGGGCAAGAAGGACAUUGAGACCACCACUAUUGCCACCUUUCACUCUCAGGUGAGCCGGACUUACUGUUCUGGAACGUACCGCUCUGGACCCAUGAGGCAGAUCAGCCUGGUCGGAGCUGUGGACGAAGAAGUCGGAGAUUUCUUCCCAGAGUUCCUCGACAUGCUGGAGGAGUCGCCUUUUCUCAAGAUGACUCUCCCGUGGGGAAGCCUCUCCGGUCUGAAGCUGGACUGCCGCUCUCAGAGUGACGACGGGCCGAUCAUGUGGGUGCGUCCAGGGGAACAGAUGGUGCCCACAGCUGACAUGCCCAAGUCUCCGUUCAAGAGACGCAGGUCCAUGAACGAGAUCAAGAAUCUGCACUACCUGCCGAGAGCGAGCGAGCCGCGAGAGGUUCUGUUUGAGGACCGGACUAAGGCUCACGCUGACCAUGUGGGCCAGAGCUUCGACUGGCAGAGCACGGCGGCUGUGGGGGUGCUGAAGGCGGUGCACUUUGGAGAAUGGAAUAAUCGGCCUCGGGUCACCAAAGACGUCGUGUGUUUCCACGCUGGAGACUUUAAUGAAGUUGUGCACAGGCUGCAGCUGGAUCUGUACGAGCCCCCGGUGUCUCAGUGCGUCCAGUGGGUGGACGAUGCGAAGCUGAACCAGCUGCGGAGGGAGGGCAUCCGCUAUGCGCGCGUGCAGCUCUGUGACGACGACAUCUACUUCAUCCCGAGGAACGUCAUCCACCAGUUUAAGACGGUGUCUGCGGUCUGCAGCCUGGCCUGGCACAUCCGCCUCAAACAGUACCACCAUGAGGGGAAGGAGCGGGAGGAGCAGCGGCCCAGCGAUCUGAGCCCCACCUCGGGCCGCUUCUCCUUCUCCUCCGCCGCCGGGCCGGACCCCAGCGUGACCCCCUGUGCACAACGUCAGGGAGACGACAUCCAAGGUGGCGUGGCCAACACGGACGAACCAGAGUUCCAGAGGCCAGCCACCCCCCCUCAGGAGCCGCAGCCGGCCCCUCCACAGCCCACCAAAUCUGCUCACCGGCCCCCGACGUACCAGGCUCGCCACCUCUCCGUGGAAGCGGUCCACAAAGCUCUCGGCCGCUCUGCAGAGUUCACUAAAUGAAGGUCUCUGUAAAAACUCACGUGUCAAUCAGGAAUAAAUGAUUAAGUGUUGGUUUAAUGUUCCUGAGUGUUUAUGGUUUGAUGAGACUUUGGUAUUUAAUAACUGAAAUGUUGAAUUAUUUUUAUUACUGUUCGAGAAACAUUUUUAAUUGUAUGUUCCUGCUCUGCUGUUUCUAUUUGUAUUUCAUGGAAGAAUGACGUCUGGUGGACAUAAUAUAUGAUUUCUCUGCAAUCUGAUUCUGAUAUUAUAAAGUUUUGUCAGAAGAUACAGUCCACUCAGUUCCAUAGAUUGAGGAUCUAACUCACAACUUCUUGUUGCAGUAAACGGAGGAACAUCAAGAUGACUCUUUUCUUUUCCUUUUGGCUUGAGACUUGUAAUAAGUUAUAUAAGUUGCUGUUUGCACAGUUCUUUAUUUGAAAAGCGUUUUAUACAGCCGCUCUUUUCUUACUGUUGAUACUGUUUUUGAUAUUGUAUUUAUUUUCUUAAGAUUGAGCUCAACACAUGAACCAGUGAUGGAUAUUUAAGGUUAUUAUCUACUUACAGCAGCGCCUCUAAAUGAUGAGAAGAUUAAUGGCAUCCUUCAGGUGUGGACUUUGUCUUCAGAAUUUGGUUUGUAAAUAUAAUGUGGAGAAUAUGUGGAUCCUGUCACUCAAGUCAUUUUUCACUUCCUUUAAAUUCAUCCUCACCUUUUUGUUUUAGCCGUGUGUGUGUGUGUGUGUGUGUGUGUGUGUGUGUGUGUGUGUGUGCGCGCGCUGCUACAUCAUACGUACUUAUGGAAGACGAUUAAAGCUGCAUGUGAAAAAUGUAUUUGAGAUUAAAGUCAGAACUCAAAUUAAAUUUAAUCUCAGAAUUCUGACUUUCAACUUUUUUCUUUUUUUUUACACGUAGCCCUAAUUUCUAAAAAUGUUAUAUAUUUGAGUCUAUUUUUUAAAACGCAAGCAGCACAUAUAGAUGGGAAGGUCACUGUAGUAACCUGUUAAAAGUGUAAUAAAUCAAAUUUAUUGCAUUUGCAUUACAGAAAUCUGAGAUCAGAACUCAAAUCUUUUCCCACGUGUGUCCCUAAUCCUCUUCCGUACGCAUGAGAUGUUAUUCAGGAAGCAGAAAGUUUGUUAUAGUUUGUCGUCACAUGAGCCUUUAGUCCUGUGUGUUGUGUUGUUAAUGUUUGUACUUGUUUUAAAGUCCUGGAUGAUAAAUGACAGACGCUAGAGAUCUGGUGUCGAUGUGCUUCAGUCGUGUUAAGUAGGGAAAAAAUGACAAAGCAUAGACUUUCUAUAUUUUUUUAAUAAAUAAUUCUGUGUGUAACCGGUA